AUGAGUGAAUUUCAGAAUAUCAUAAGGGAUGAUGCGUUAGCUUCGAAGAGAGCCAUUCAUGAAACGUCAAUCAAGCGAUUCUCGGACUCCAGCGUAGACGUUAUUUGUUCUGGGACAGGAUUCACUUACUUGGUAUCGACGACAGAACAUUGCGAAGCACAAAAAGACAACGUAAUCUGCCUCGUCUACAAGCGACCUCUUCCUCGAUAG